GGAGGAGAUAAGGGAGGGUGUGGAAAAGAAAAGUGAAAAUCACAGAGAGAGAAAAGGGAGUGCCACAGUGUGUCCACAUUUACAACCACAGCAGAUAUUGUCUCUUUCAAAUUACACCAGCUUCUGUGCAUUGACCAUCAACAACUUAUUUGGAUAUGUCUGUUCCAGCUAUGGAUUCUUUUAAGACCAUCUUACGGUUCCUCACCAAUCAGAAGAGUACUAUUGGCUAUAGCUUCAUGGCUAUUUUGACAAUAGGUAGUGAAAGAAUUUUCUCCAUGGUGUCUUUCCAGUGUCCGUGCAACCAUGGACAGAAUUUUGCCUAUGGAAUAACAUUUCUGCUCGGCCCAGCCAUUGUCUUGCUGGCCAUCGGUCUCUUUGUUAGUACACGUCUUUGGCGGUUGUGUACUGGGUGUUGUCUCAACCCUUUCAAACUCUGCCCCAAGGGUAACUGUGUGAGUUGCUUGACAGUGUUUAUUAAAGUAAUGUCUGGUGCUUGCAUUGCACCCAUUAUGUGGCUUUGUGUAGCACUGCUCAAUGGAACGUUUUACGAGUGUGCUGUCAGUGGCUUGGAUGAAAACUUGGUGGUGGAUCUUUUCUGCAAAAACAAGACACCUGUGUGCCGGGAAGAGCUAGCGCGAGUGCCCUGCGGCAAGACUCAGCUGUCUCCAGAUGAGAAUAAGGAACUGCUACUGAUGCUUCGAGCUCAGUCACAGAUCCUUGGCUGGUCCAUCAUUAUAAUUUCAGCAAUAGCAGCACUGAUUGGCACAUGCUUUAAGAACUGUCGCUCUCAAGUAAGCUACCUUCAGUUAACUUUCUGGAAAAUGUACAUGGAGAAGGAGAAAGAAAAGUUUGAGACUUUUUCUGAAGACUACGCCACCAAACUGGCAGAAAGGAACCUCAAGAGCUUCUUUGACAACAAAAGUCCCGAACCAUUUCCCUUUCCAAACCACAAGGCCUGGGAGGAGAUCUCUGCUGUAUACACAUUUACACAAAGUGAACAGUACUACAGCACCCUGCAGAGAUAUGUGGAGCGUAAUGACCGGGAUUACAGCCCUGAGAUGCGUCCUGUUUUAGAGAUGAAAGAUAGUAUAGAGAUGGCAUAGAGAGACAAAGCUGCGACUUGGUAAAUGAAUUGAAACAAUAUUACCAAUGAUGUAAACACAUCACUGUAUGUAUAUUUGAAUAACUAGUGUAAAAAAAAACAAUACAUAUAGUCCAGAAUAUGACUUUGGAGAUUAACAGAUUAACAGCUGCUGUGAAGUUUGGCAGAAUUUGAUAGUUACUAGCUGUGAUGAAAACACCCAUUGGAAGGUUUGUGAAAUUUUGUUUUUGUUCAAGGAAGUGAACACUGGACUAUUCAAACUGCCUACCAUUUAUACUAGUCACAUUCACUGACAUCAUGCUACCAAUUAAGCAACAGCUCUCAGACUACAAAAGAGAUGCUGACUGGACUUUGAGUUUACCUUAAUAGGUGUUUCUCUGAUGCAAGAUCUUUUAAUGAACAUCUACAAUAUAAUGCAGUGGACUUUCAAUCAACCUGAGGGUUGUUUGAUUUGAAUGUUUCAGGUUUCACAGUGUCAAAAAAGGGGAAUAAAAAUUAUUCUCAGGCAAUUUGUCAGAGAGCUUUCUACCACCUAUGGCUCUUUACAUUUCAAAAUCUUUUCCAGCCUAUCCCUGUAAACCAGGCAGUGUUUUCUGUACACUUUAAUGCAUAAUAACUUCAAAAGACUAUUGUAUAUUAAGUUUGACACUAUACUAAUGAUAAAUGCCUUGUAAUGAUACCUAAUGAUACCUAAUAAUCUUCUUAGCUCUAUACAAAAACAUAAUGAAUUCCAAAUAUUGAUUAAAAUCUACAAUACAGUCACACUGAACUUAUGCCCUUCAACAAAAUGCAUAAUGUGUAAACCACUAUGCUUGUUUCCUUAGCUGGUUUCAAGUAGAAGAUGUGACAAACAGGAAACCCACAAUAUGACCACACAUCUAUGAAAAUUUUCUACCAUUUUUUUCAGUACCCUAGCCCAAAAGAUCAGCAGUAAUUCCUACAAUCAAAACAAGAUGCUCUAACGAUAGUCUAUACAUAGGAACAAAAACAGUUAUUUUAACAUUAUUAAAACAUGGUGGUGAGGUGGUGGGUACCGGCCUGUUUGUGGUUUCUAUUUCCUGAAUUGUUUGUGAAGGUGAAUGUUCAGAUUUAUUAUACUCAGGUAAAAACUCAGCAAUGGACUAUGAUUUACUAAAGCAAUACAGCAAUAACAACAACAUUUACUUGCUUUGUUGUUCAACAUCAGGCUGGUUAAAUACUAUCUGCGCAAAAGGUUAAAAAUACAAAAAUAUUUUUUUCAAUGUUUAAAAUUUUUUUUUAUUUGUUUCUUGCUUUGCCCUAUUAUAUUUGUUAUAUUGUAACAUGGAUUUUUGGAUUGCUUGUUUGUAUGUAUAUUAUUUAUAUAAAGCAUUUGUAUAUACUGUAUUUCUAUGCUUCAAUUAAAAAAGAAAUUAAAUUUU